AUGCAAAUUGACAAUACAUUAAAAGCACGACAUAAAACAUGUUUUCUUCGACCAGACACUGGUCCAUGCAGAGCUGAUAUUAUCCAAUGGUAUUAUGAUGCAAGACAGGGCAAAUGCUAUCGAUUCUUUUGGGGAGGGUGUCAAGGUAAUGGCAAUAGAUUUGAAACCAAAGAUCUCUGUAUAGAACAUUGUAGACUUAAUACUACAGCCCAUACAUCUAAAAUUCCUAAUUAUUGUUCAAUAUCCUUUGACUAUGGCAAUUGCUUUGGCCAAUUCUACCGUUGGGGAUGGGACAAAUUUGGCAAAACCUGUAAACGUUACAUGUACUCUGGAUGUGGAGGAAAUCAAAACAAUUUCCACACACGUAGUGAAUGUUUAAACAACUGCCUCAAUCCUCCAAACAAUACGCUGCAAGGAGUGCGCCAUCUUACUACUUGCAUACCCUUAGGCUUUAUGAAUCCA